UGAAAUCAUGAAAGCAUAUUUUGCGAAUUUUUCGAAAUUGUAAAAAUGCACGAUUAUUCCACAAGCUAUCAAUAAUUAAUCCUCAAAAGUAAGCUAGGCGUCGAGCUAUUCAAAUUACCAGUCAUCGCAAACAUGAUUUUCCUUGGAAAAUCUUCUACAAUGCGGAGUUCCUCCAAGAUUUGGAACUUCUUUCAUCGGAAACUCGGGGAUAAGAUACAACUUCAGUCAAUAUCGACCAGUAUACGAAAUGUAAUGUCAGGUGAUGAAAAAGACACUGAUUCAAAAGAUGAUAACUUGCGUGACCGGAGUGUUGGAGAUUUACUAAAUGAGUCAACAUCACAGCCAUUUUCUGAAACUCGUGUUGAUGAAUAUCCAUCUGAUAUAAGUGACUCGUUAGCAGAGUAUAACAAAUGGAGGCGAGUUCAGGGCAACCAUGCUUUCAGACCAAGGGUCGAUCCUAGACAGACUAGCAUCUUUUUAUUUCCUGGGCAGGGCAGUCAGUUUGUUGGCAUGGGAAGGAAACUCCUUCCAUAUCCGAAUGUGAGAGACAUGUAUGAUGCUGCCAGUAAUAUCCUUGGUUACGAUUUGUUGAGUUUGUGUUUGAAUGGGCCCAAGGAAGACCUUAUGAAGACAGCUUAUUGCCAGCCAGCUAUGUUUGUAACGUCAUUAGCUGCUGUAGAGAAGUUAAAAGAGGAAUCCCCAAAGGAAGUUGAGAACUGUAUAGCAACCGCUGGUUUUAGUGUUGGAGAGUAUGCUGCCCUUGUGUUUGCUGGGGCAAUGAGUUUUGAAGAUGCGCUCGAAGUUGUAAAGUUACGUGCCCAGCGGAUGCAGGAAGUCUCUGAGCUGUUGCCUAGUGGUAUGAUGACUGUCUUCUGUAGCCCUGAAACCCGGCUUGGCCUGGCCUGCAAGGCAGCACAGGAGUACUGCGUCAAGAAGUUAUUUAUAGCUGAGCCUGUCUGUCGUAUUGCAAACUACUUGUAUUCUAGUUGUAAAGUCAUAGCAGGCAAUGCAGAGGCACUUCAGUUCAUUGAAACUCACGCCAAAGAAUUUGGCAUCAAACGCGUUAAACAUUUGCCAGUCAGUGGAGCAUUUCAUACGGAGAUUAUGCGAUCAGUUGCAGAGGACAUUGGCGAUAUUCUGCACAGAAUGGAAAUUCAACAUCCAAUGAUAUCUGUGCAUUCAAACGUCACGUCCAAACGUUACAGUACAUCAAAAAGUAUUGUUUUGAACUUGAAGCGCCAGGUCUAUAAACCAGUUUUAUGGGAGCAGACUCUUCAUGUGAUGUAUUCUCGAGACCAGGGGAUGGAGUUUCCGAACACGUGGGAAAUGGGACCUGGCCAACAGCUGGGGACACUGUUGCGUGUUGUCAACAAGAAAGCUCAUGCUCAUUAUAAUUGUGUUGAGGUUUAGAUCUUGUUUUUGCUGUGAGCUUAC